UCAUUCUAAAAAAUUGACGUUUUCCUACUAAAAGUCUUAAAAGCAGUUUACAAUGCGGUUGUGUAUUUAAAAUAAAACGUACGAAGCAAUAAAGUUGAUAUUGAUCGUAAUAAUUACUUGGUGAUAAUAUGCAAUGAAGCUUUAAACACAAACUAAAAAUUUUUUUCUUCGCAUUGAAUAAAAACCUUGUAGAGAAUUUAAUUUCGAUUUUUCGAAGAUGUUUAAUCAUAUUUUGCGAUAUCUCACGUUAUUAGCCACCUUAAACUUGUGUUUUGGGAGGAUACAUAAAAUUAACAUCAGCAAUGACACUCGUAACUAUAUAGCAUUAAGUACGUUCGGUUUUUAUAAAGGUGGUAGAUUAGAUGUGCAAUUAGAACAUUUUACUGCAACGCCUUUAUCAAAAAGUGACAUGUUUGGAUUUAGUUUAGAUCGAACAUUAAAUGAUGCAAUGAACCCGUAUUUAGAUACGCAUCAAAAUGAAUGUUUGUUAACGCAAAAAUUCCGUACGGAACACGACACCGAUAUAAUUUAUUUCAUUUUGGAUUUAAAUAACAAAAUAAUGACCGUUAAUUGUAGUAAAGGUUGGCACAAUGGUGUUCAUAUCUACAAGCAACGAGAAGAUAUUCCAUUAACCAAUUCUAAAUCGGACGUUUUCGGUGAUAAAAAACUUCUUCAACGCGUCACAAGGGAGGUUAUAAAUGUUCCUGAAUCUCGUAGCCUUACCUUACCAGUAACGGAGGUUGUUAAUAAAAAAACUGGGAUUGUUUAUUACAAUACAAGCUUUUCAAUGACGGUUGAAACUGAUAGUGGAGAAGGGCUUUAUAAUCUUUAUUUUCAUAGUUGCCCCAAUUACAAAUCCGACAAACGAGAUGUUAUGUAUGCUUUUACUAUGAAAAUUAUUGAAGAAAACGCCGGUGGUAGCUUCUUAUCCGCAGGAGAGAUGCCUUUACCAGCUUUAUAUUGUACAAUGGCUUUCCUUUUUUUCCUUUCCGGUUGUUUUUGGGUGUUCCUCUUAAAACAAUCGCGACACCCCGUCUUUAAAAUUCAUUAUUUAAUGGCAACUUUGGUUUUUAUCAAGUCGAUUUCUUUGGCUUUUCACGGAGUUAAUUAUCAUUUCAUUGAAAUUAAGGGUGUUCACUUGGCUACUUGGGCCGUUCUCUUUUACGUUGCCCAUCUUUUAAAAGGGGCGCUACUUUUCAUUACGUUAGUUCUAAUAGGAACUGGAUGGACUUUUAUUAAACACGUUUUAGCACCCAGGGAUAAACGAUUAUUUAUGACGGUAAUUCCGCUACAAGUUUUGGCGAAUGUCGCUGAAAUUAUCUUGGAGGAAAGCGAAGAAGGGGCUCGGGAACAUCGCGCCUGGCAAGAUGUUUUUAUACUCGUCGAUUUGCUUUGUUGUGGAUGCAUUUUGUUCCCGGUCGUUUGGUCAAUUCGACAUUUACAGGAGGCUUCGCAAACUGAUGGGAAAGCAGCGGUUAAUUUAAAAAAAUUAAAACUGUUUCGACAUUUUUAUGUAAUGAUCGUUUGUUACAUCUAUUUUACCAGGAUUAUUGUUUAUCUGUUAAAAAUUACCGUUCCAUUUCAAUAUGGGUGGUUACACGAAAUGUUCCGUGAAAUGGCUACUUAUGUUUUCUUUGUAUUGACCGGAUAUAAAUUUAGACCGGCGGCUCAUAAUCCGUAUUUUUCUGUACCUUCCGAUGAUGAAGACGAAGAUGAAGUAGUGUUUUCUAGACUGACGGAAAUUGGGGCAAUGGAAGGAGUAUCAAGAGUCAAUGUUAAACACAAACUGAAGAAAGAAAGCUUAAUAACCGAAGUGGUUGAAGAUGAGGAACACGAAAAUUUACUUCCAACGAAGGAGAAUAGCCAUGAAUACGAUUAAAAAGUUUAAUUUUUUCCGUAUAGAUGUAUAAACGCUGUAAAAGUGCUGUGAUAGCCUCAAAAUGAUAACACACUUUUCGUACAUACGUCAUUAGCUACGUAAUAUUUUAGAUUUUAAGCAUUCGAUAUUUAUAUUCCUAAUUCCAAGACGAUUUCAUGCUCAUUUUAUUAAUUGCACGACUCAUAACGGCAAAUACAGUCUUUUUACGGUUUAAAUGAAAAUCCUAACCUCACUUUUUCCAACAUUUCUGUCAUCUAACCUCACAUUUUCAAAAAAUAUGUUUUUACAUUUUAAAAUUUAAUAUUUCCAAGAGGAUUUCAUGCUCAUUUUAUUAAUUGCACGACUCAUAAAGAUAAAUAGAGAUUUUUUUGAAGAUUACGCCAAUUUAAGGUUUAAAUGAAAAUCCUAACCUCACUUUUCUCAACAUUUCUGUCAUCUAACCUCACUUUUUCAACAAAAAAAAAUGUUUUUACAUUUUAAAACCGUUCUUAGUGUAGAUUUAAUAUGUACAAAUUGUAGAUCUAAACGUUUAUAAAUGCGAAAUAGAGAGAAAAUAUGUAUAAUAAAAUUAUUAAUAAAAAAGUAGAUGGAAUUUUUGGAUUUAAUUGAACAAAGAUUGUAAUGAUUAUUACGUACCUAUUAUUGUUAUGAUUUGAGUGUAUCCUAUUCAAUAAUAAAGUUUUAUAAUAUGAUAUUAA